GUCCAGAUAUGAGAUUGGAAACUCGCGUGUCUCUAUAGUUUCUCCCGCAAGAUUCCGCCUCAAUCUUCCUUUGUGAAUUCUCUCGUCACCACCAUAUCCACUUGCGUCUUCUAUUUCUCUCCGUAGUACUUCUCCUUUUUCGUUUCGGCUUCCCGAUCUCCAUUUCUAGGGUUUUGUCUCCUCGUCGGAUCUCCCGAUCGGAAUCCAUGCCGGUGAACUUGACUCCGAACGCCAUCUCGGCGAUAAACGCCGGCGACGUGAACUCGAGGCCUCUGGUUCAGGUUCUAGAUAUCAAGCUGAUCGGAAGCAACCGGGAGAGACAGGAAAUGACGAAGAACCAGGAGAGGUUCCGUUUCCUCAUCUCCGAUGGCGUCUCGGCUCAGCACGCGAUGCUCGCGACUCAGCUCAACGACCGAGUCAAGACUGGUCAGGUUAAGAAGGGCUCCGUCAUUCAGCUCAUUGAUUACAUCUGCAGCGCCGUUCAAGGCCGCAAGAUUAUUGUGGUGCUCAACAUGGAGACUAUAAUACCUGAUUGUGAAAUUAUCGGAAACCCCAAAACAUCAACAGAAUCAGAACCAGGGGCUCAAAAACCAUCAUCAGUUCUUGGCAAUUUACAACCGCCAAAUAGAGUGGUUUCUAAUGAAUCGGAUUUUCAGAAUCCUGUUAAUAAAGCACCACCCAGGGGUGUAAUUCAAAAUCAAGCCAACAGCGCCCCGAAUUUCCGGCCAUCUGUUCAACCUGCAUAUCAACCACCUCCAAACUACAGAAAUCAUGGAGCAAUAAUGAAGAAUGAGGCUCCAGCUCGAAUCAUUCCUAUUGCUGCUCUCAAUCCAUACCAAGGUCGGUGGGCUAUUAAGGCUAGAGUAACAGCGAAAGGAGAGAUCAGGCGAUACAACAAUGCCCGGGGAGAUGGGAAGGUUUUCUCCUUUGACCUGCUUGAUUCUGAUGGAGGGGAGAUACGUGUUACCUGUUUCAAUGCUGUUGUUGACCGCUUCUAUGAUGUUAUCGAGGUCGGCAAGGUGUACUUGAUUUCAAAGGGAAGCUUGAAGCCUGCUAAGAAAAAUUUCAACCCCUUGAAGAAUGAUUGGGAGAUUUUCUUGGAGUCAACCUCGACUGUGGAUCUUUGCCCUGACGAAGAUGGCUCCAUACCAAGACAGCAGUUCUCCUUCCGACCCAUAAGCGACAUCGAGAACGCUGAGAACAAUUCCAUAUUUGAUGUCAUUGGGGUUGUAACUUCUGUGAAUCCCUCGGUCCCGAUAUUGAGGAAGAAUGGGAUGGAAACCCAAAGAAGAAUCCUAAAUCUGAAGGACGAAUCUGGCAAGACUGUAGAGCUUACACUAUGGGGGGAUUUCUGCAACAGAGAUGGUCGAGAACUUGAAGACAUGGUCGACUCUGGCUUUUACCCAGUUUUAGCAGUCAAAGCUGGAAAAGUGAGCGACUUCAGCGGGAAGUCAAUUGGGACAAUAUCUUCAACCCAGCUCUUUAUAAAUCCCGAUUUUCCAGAAGCUCGUAGAUUGAGAGAUUGGUUUGAUCGAGGGGGAAAGGAUGCUGCCUCCAUGUCCAUCUCUAGAGACGGUAUUUCUGGGGCUCCCAAGAACGAGAUACGCAAAACUGUGUCUCAGAUCAAAGAUGAAGGUCUCGGGAGAUCAGAUAAGCCAGACUGGGUCACAGUGAAAGCGACCAUUACGUUCAUCAAAACCGAUAAUUUCUGUUACACAGCUUGCCCAUUGAUGAUCGGAGAUAGACAAUGCAACAAGAAGGUAACACGGACAGGACAAAACAGGUGGCUAUGUGACCGGUGCAAUAAAGAGAUGGACGAAUGUGAAUACAGAUAUCUUCUUCAGGUGCAGAUCCAAGACCACACGGGUUUGACCUGGGUUACAGCGUUUCAGGAAGCCGGUGAAGAAAUCAUGGGAUGUCCGGCCAAACAGCUAUACAAUUUGAAAUACGAACUACAGGACGAUACAAAUUUCUCGGAGAUUGUUCGAGGCAGACUCUUUCGUGAGUACCUCUUCAGGCUCAAGAUCAAAGAGGAGAUGUAUGGCGACGAACAAAGAGUGAAGAUCACGGUCGUCAAGGUGGACGAGGUGAAUUACUCGUCCGAAAGUAAACACUUGCUCGAAUCGCUCUCGAGGUUACAUAGUUAGGGAGCAGCUCUGAUACGCGAAUCUCCACCUUCGAUUUAUUGUCGUCUUGGAUAAUCAAUUAGGUUGAACGAGUCAUUAGUAUGAUGAGAAGAAUCUGUUACGUUGGUAUUUUAAUUUCAAUGAAUUCGAAUUCCGGAUU